AUGGGCAAAAAACAACAUCAGAAAGAUAAACUGUAAGUUCAACUUUUUUUUCCCCGAGUUUUGGUGAUUUGAUAAAUAAAACAGAUACUUAACAACAACCGAAUGGAAAUCAAUUGGAGGACACAAAGAUGGUAUUUAUAUUUUAAAAAUUUUCGAAGCUUUUAUUUUAAUUCAGAUACCGGAACUCGAUUGCAGCGUGCGCAGUUCAAAAGAUUGCCGAUCAACCACUGUUCUUUGUCGUUACUGCCGUUUGAAGAUCCUGUGUGUGCCCCCAGUGGCGAAAUUUUCGACUUAGGGUGAAUAAGAAAUGUAUGAAACAUCAACUCGUUUGCUUUUUAAGUCACAUCAUGCCGUACGUCAAGAAAAAAGGGAUCAAUCCUUGCACCGGGAAGAAAAUGACAGUUAAAGAUCUCAUUCACUUGAAGUUCGAUAAAGAUCCUGAAGGUUGGUGAUGAAUCUAUGAUUCAGGAUGUGAGCAGACGUUCGAAUAUUGCAGGAAACUUCCGAUGUCCUGUCACUUUCCGUGUUUUCACCGACCACAGUCACAUCGUGGCCAUUGCUACCACAGGCAACGUCUUUUCACAUGAAGCGGUCAAUGUGAGAAUUUCAAUUCUCAAUUUUCAAUAUUCUCCAUUUUCCACUGAUAAAAUCUCAAUUUCCAGGAGUUGAACCUGAAGAGAAACCAUUUGAAAGAUUUGCUCACGGAUGAACCUUUCACAAGAUCGCAAAUCAUUGAUUUGCAGGUAAUCAAAUAACUUCGAAGAGCUAGAACUUACUGUGUCUCUCUUUAUUCUGAGCUUUUGAGGAUCCCAACAAUCUGGAAAAGUUCAACAUGGAACAGUUUCUUCACGUUAAACUCGAUCAUAAAACGAAAGAAGAAAUAAAAAAAGAAAAGGCGGCGAUGAAGGUCGACUUAUCUUUUAAUAUGAAACGAAUCUUGGUUUCAGGAUCCGAAAUUCUUCAUCAGGCGUAUGAACAACGAAUGCAAAGAGGCGCUCGACCAGCUCAGCCGCGAAUACGUUCCGAAAAAGGUCUUUUAAUAACUUUUUUUUUUAAAUGUUGAUGCAUAUAAUUUUUACCGUCAUUCUUGAUUUGAAUGUAGAAAAAUAGGAGAUGAUUUUGAGAGUGACGUCGAGGAAGAUCAGACUGCGGACGCCGUGAAUCAAGCACACUACAGGUGAUUCUGUGAAACGGCUUAAAGUUUUUUUUUCAAAAAAUUAGAAUUUAACAAACAGAAGGCAAGUUUUGAAAACACUAACUUUUGGUUGAUAGGGCUACGUCUAUCUCGUACAAUUUAGUUCAAUAGGAUAUAUUGACUUUUUUGAGACUAAACCUUCACUUUCGACGUUCUUUGGGAACCAAGGCCUAAAGUUUCAUCAACUCUGCAAACUUGCACAUUCCUGAAAGUAUUGAUUGAAAAGCUAUUACUUUUUUUUGCGAAAGUCUCAAAUCUCAGGAAAGCAUUAGAAAUAAAACAAUUCCAUUUCCAGUCAAGGAAAAGUCGCCGCCGGCUUCACGUCGACCGUCAUGGCGCCCGUCACUUCCAACAAGGCCGCCGUUCUGGCAGAAGACGUCGUCAGGUGAGUUUCUUCUAUCUUCUUUUCCAACAACUAACUAACUCAGGUACAAACACGUCAAGAAGAAUGGCUUCGUUCGAAUUGUCACCAACUUCGGACCUCUGAAUCUGGAGCUGUGAGGAUUCUUCGUCAUUUCUUCCUGAGAUCAAAAGUUUCCUCAAGAACUCAAGUACUGCAUUCAGAUAUUGCAUGAAGGCGCCGAAAACUUGUGAGAAUUUCAUUACGCUCUGCUCCCGUGGCUACUACAAUAACACAAAGUUUCAUCGCAUCAUCAAAAAUUUCAUGGUGAGUUUCUUAUAUUUUUUUUUCAUUUCAGCUUGAUAUUUUGAAAAAAAGUUUUUAGUGUUUAAUUUGGAAGCUUUUUGAAACGUUAGUUGUAAAUUUGCAAUGUUGGAUUUGCAGGUUCAAGGCGGAGAUCCGACGGGAACUGGCCAUGGCGGCGAAUCCAUGUGGGGCAAACCGUUUGAAGACGAAUUCAUAACGGUGCGUCGAGAACUGAUCUUUUUGCACUGGUAGGGACCCUUAACAUUCUCAGGGAUUUUCGCAUGACACGCGAGGAGUUUUAUCCAUGGCUAACAAGGGUUCUAACACGAACGGCUCACAAUUGUCAGUUUUGCCCUCCAUUUUUGUGUGAGAAUCUUCAAUCUUUUAGUUUUAUCACGUUCCGACCUUGCAAAUACUUGGACAGAAAACAUUCGAUAUUUGGCAGACUUGUGGGAGGGCAGGACACUUUGACAGCGAUUGAGAAAGUGGAAACGGAUCAGCCUGGAGAUGUUCCAAAAAUUGUACGUCUAUGAUAAGCAAUAUCCUAAAUCGUGUUUUACUUGGAGCCGGUAAUGUUCAUGCGAGCUGAGGUUUUCGUCGAUCCGUUUGAAGAGGCCGAGCAAGAAGUUCAGAAAGAACGAGCAGAAAUCAUGAAAGAAAGUUAGGUUAUUAAUUUCAGACCAUAGCUCAGAAAAACUCUUCCAGCUUCGAAAGAUACUGCGGAGGAAGCCCAGAAAAAAGCGACGGCAGCAGCGAAACCGAAGGCCGUUGGAACCGGCGUCGGUAAAUAUAUAAACCAAAAAGCCGCGAGACCUGCAGCACAACUAGAAGUUCGUUCGUAACCGAUACUUCGGUGGAAAAAGGAUUGAGUGAAAAAAUUGUUCAUAAAUCAAAAAGAGUGAAAAUAGGAACACUCGUCAUAAAAUGGGAAACAUUUUUCCCUCAAGAAAGAUAUUUAAAAUAAAAUUUUGAAAAAAUUCUUCGAAUAUUUUUUUGAUUCAGGUGGACCCCGAUGUCCCAAAGAAAAGAAAAAUCAUCAAAUCUUCACUCAACGACUUUUCUUCUUGGUAA